GUGGAGUCCGAGAACAUGAACGUGGUGAAGCGUCUGUUUAAGAUCCAGAACCGGAACGCCAGCACGAUCCGCACAGUGAUGGUGGCGGACUGCCGGCGCCACGACUCCCCCGAGCUGCUGCUGGACUAUGAGGAGCAGGCAGCCGCGAGCGGGGAGCAGCGGGGGGCGCGCCGAGGCCCCCUGGUGUUCGACCUGGGCAGUGACAGCGAGGACAAGGAGGAGGAGGUGGUGAGGGGGGGAGCAGCAGUGGGGGGGGGGCACCCCGACCCCACCCCUGGCCUGGAGCAGCUGCGAGACAACAUCCUCCAGGGCAGUCGCAGGCCGGACAUCGAAGACAAGCAGCUGGAGGCCAAAGUGUCUGCAUUCCUGGGCAUGACCCGCACGCGGCACACUGACCCCUCCCUGCUGAGCGACCCCGCGGGGCCGAGCAACAAAAAAUACCUGAUCUUCACCAUGGGCAGCCUCACCUACUCCCCGCACCAGAUAGGUAUCAUGCAGAUUCUCCCCGAGCAGAUGACGACCACGGGGCCGGUGCUGGGGAAGGAGCGAAGGUCAGAGGAGUUCUUUGAUUCGCUGGAUCACGUGAUUGACAUCCACGGGCACAUCAUCGGCAUGGGGCUGUCACCUGACCACAGGUAUCUCUAUGUGAAUAGCCGUGCCUGGCCCACGGGCUGUGUGAUCUCUGACCCCAUGGCCCCGCCCCCGAUCGCGGAGGAGAUCGAUCUGCACGUGUUCGACCUGAAGACACUGCGCGAGGAGAGGCGGAGCCUGCGAGCCCAUCGCGCCUUCACACCCAACGACGAGUGCUUCUUCAUCUUCCUGGACGUGAGCCGGGACUUUGUGGCCAGUGGCGCAGAGGACAAGCACGGCUACAUCUGGGACCGGCACUACAACAUCUGCCUGGCCAAGCUGCAACACGAAGACGUGGUCAACUCCGUGGCCUUCAGCCCCGUGGACCAGGAGCUGCUGCUGACUGCCAGCGAUGACGCCACCAUCAAGGUGUGGCGCUCACCCCGCACCCUGCGGAUCAGAGAGGCCAGCCGGCCGCGCCCCCGGAGACAGCUCUUCAACUGGCUGAGAAACGGCAAGCAGGACCAGAGCCAGGGCCAGAGUCAGGGCCAGAGCUAGCCCUCCCUCCUCCUCCUCCUCCUCCUCCUCCUCCUCCUCGGCAGCCCCAACUCACUGCAGCUUCUUCCUUACAGAUCCUAUUGCACAGUCCUCCCACCCCAUUCCAGGUUUUACUGCGAGCUUGAUCAGCCAUCGCAUAUCGGUAGCUCAGGUGUGUUUUAUUAUUAAACUCCUAGUGAAACCAGGAGUGGAUCAAACUGCUGUGCAGCGGGGGUCUUCAUUUCCCUCCCAGGCACUAAUGUGAAGUAAUGUGACGGACAGAGCCUGUGAAACUGCAGUGCAGUGUGUCCGGCGCUCGGGAGUUCAGUGCUGUGGCUGUGGGCCGGCCAGACGCUGCCAGGGAAGCCUUCUUUCCACUGUGAUUUGAGCUUCACGAGUGCAGAGAGUUUCCCAGCCUCAGCGCUCGGAUCAUUCGAACCACGCAGGGCUUGUGAGAGACACUGAACUGCAUAGACGGAGUCGUUUUCCUCCUUCGCACGCAGGCUCUCUUCUGCCUUCUACAGCCUGUUUGUAACCGAGACACACGAGGCUCGCUGCGCAACUACAGGAAGAGCACACGCGUGUAUCCAUUGAGUAAUAUCAGUGAGGAAGGAACGCUGGCUCUGUACCCAGCAAGCCCUCCUCUCCCCUCCGCUCUCGCGGCACACGCUCCCUCGUUUAGUUUCUACACGCUGUCCUUGCGGAUGUGUUUUUAUUUGAGGUUUUAGCCUUUAGCUUUGUGAGGAGCAUUCGAGAGACGAGGGCUGUGCGUCCUUAACCCUUUCUGUGCUCGCACUGAUCUGAGAGUUCACUGUAGCAAAUAUAUUUCCACUGUCGGGUCAUUAAAAAAAAAGAACAAAA